AUUUUGCAUUUCCGUGGAAGGAGAACUGUUAGUAAACAAAACAGUUUUCUUCCCUGUCAGCUCGUGCAUACUGCUUUGCAUGGCUGUGCACAGCACAGCCAUGCACAGCAGGGUGCUUACAGUGAAGCACACAGAUACAACCCCAUAGUAAAACACACCCAGCACACAAUUAACCUUUUGAUCACCCAGAUGUUAACCCCUUCCUGCCCAGUGCCAUUAGUACACUGUCGGUGCUUUUUAUUAGCACUGAUCACUGUAUUGGUGUCACUGGGGAUGUCAGUGACACCAAGCCAGUUCCCCCCAGUGUCAGAAUGUCCGCUGCAGUCCCACAAU